AACAACAGUAUAAAGCAAUUUAACGUAGAAAAAACAUUGUCGAUACAUUAAGCGAAGCAUUCUGCGACAGUGAUCAUCGGGAGAAUAUUAAGAAGAGAGUGUUCUAGUGUGUCUGCAUCAUGAUGUUAAACGUUUCCCGGGAAAAGAAACAUGCAGUAAACAGAAUUAUAGUGGAUCAAAUAGAAAUCUCGAAGAGAAUAGACAAUAAAUCACUCAAGCGCAAAAACAUCGAUUCGUAUGGCGAUGAAAUAACAGGAAGUACAAAACAAAUUGCUCGUCGCUUUCUGCAAGAAUAUCUAUAUGAAAGUUCGCUACAUGGCGUGAAAUAUCUUGGCAAGUUACAAAUAAAAUCCACUAUCCUCGGGAAGCUUUUCUGGACUUUUAUCAUGAUCAGCAGUUUAGCGUUUGUAAUUUGGAUGUUUCGGAAAACUUGGAUACGUUACAGAGAUAAUCCAACUCGCACUGUCAUUGAAUCAUAUCACGCCCCAGUUGCUUUAAUUCCUUUCCCAGCUAUUACUGUUUGUCCAUUAGUACUUCCACCAAGUACAAGGCGGGAAAAAGUAUUGCGAAGUUUGCAGUUACCACCCAAUAUGAGUAACAAAACGGCAAAAUUACUACUCAAAUAUGGGCCAUCAUUUGCAAAUGAACAUGUACUUGGCAAUAGGAAGUACAUAAACGAUUUGGACGCACUGUUAAAAAUAAAUCGUUUAACAUUGAUAAAUUUCUUAGAACUUAUGCGACCUUGCGAAGAUUUAUUUGAGAUCUGUUGGUGGGAUGGCGAUGAAAAAAAUUGUACUGAAUUGUUCAAAUUAUCUUAUGCUUACUCAGGUCUAUGUUGUUCUUUUAAUUAUGUUCUCGAAGAUGAUAUACGAACCGACAAGAUCACGAAGGACUCCGAUCUUCGCACAACUAUGUUAUUUGGACCAAGAGCCGGUCUUACCGUUGUUGUGAAACGAGAUUUGUUGCCCAAUAGCCAUAAUGGGAGAGAUAAAAACGUGAAAUAUUCAACAAAUUCCUACGGUCUUUUGAUAUACUGCCAUCAUCCUUUGGAAUACGUCGGACCCAUAUAUACUAGACAACUUUUGCAAGCAAGCGAAGAAUUACGGGUCUCUAUAGUUCCAUUUACCAAGCGAAAUCUCCCCGGAUAUUAUCGUCGAAAUUCUCGCGGUGGAUGGACUCCGAUUUGCAUAGACAAAAAUAACUUAAAAUAUUUUCCUGCAUAUCGAUAUUCAAAUUGUUUUACUAGUUGUUCUAUCGAAGCUGUUCUAGAAAUCUGUGGUUGCAUACCAUAUUACUAUGCACCCGUAGCAGAUAAAUAUUCUUUAAGAAUCUGCGAAUGGCGCGAUUUCGAAUGCCUCUAUAACAAUACGAAACGUAUACGGAUCCUUCAUAAUACCUAUACAAAAAAUUUUACGUGUGAAUGUCAGAAUCCAUGUUGGAAUGUGUAUUACGAAACACGAACUUCCUCGCUUUUGCUAAAUGAUGAUGACAAUUCUAAUAUUUUGCCAUUUUACAAAAAUAUUACAAGUUCUCAAGCUGUUCUAAGAGUAUUUUUUGGAUACGACACAGUUAUGGAAACGAUUACAAUACCAAUUGCUGAUGAACUAUAUUUGCUAGGUAAAAAUGAUUGUUUCUCUAUUUUAAGAAUAGAUUCUAAAAUCUUAAUUAAAAUUUUUUUAGCGUCCGUGGGCGGCAUAUUUAGUCUUUUACUGGGUGCUAGUUUUAUAAGCGCCGUGGAAAUUUUUUACUUUAUCGAAUUAUUUUUUCGUUCUUAUUAUAAGGAAAAGAAAUCAAAAUAAUCAUCAUCGACCAAGAAUUUUAUUAAUACCCAGAGGAAUUUUAUUAAUACCUAUAUCGUACGUAAAAUAAAGAACUACAUAUGUAACUCCA